AUGCUCCUCACAACGCUCGUCACGGCUCUGCUCUCAGCAGCUGCCCUCACCACCGCCCAAGUCCAGCAGAGUAUCGUCAACCCGACCACCGCCGCUAGCACCGCGACGCCCCUCCCCAGCGCCUCCAACUACGCUUACGCCGGCUGUUGGAACGAAACGACCCAGGUGCCUAACACCGGCGGCCUCCGCGCCCUCUCAAAUGGCAACAGCUCGGCAAACAACACAAUGACCAUCACCUCCUGCAUCGCCUACUGCGCCUCCUUCUCCUCGCAAUUCGCCGGCCUCGAAUACGGCCGCGAAUGCUACUGCGCCAGCUACCUCUCCUCCUUCUCCGUCAAGCUCAACGAGUCGCGGUGCAACUUCGCGUGCAACGGCAACGCGAGUGAGGUGUGCGGUGGAAGGUUGGCGCUGACGUUAUAUAAUCGGACGGGCGAUGGGAAGAGUAGUGGGAGUGCGGCGGGGAGGUUGGUGGGUGGGGGUGGUGGGGCGGCGGCGUGGUAUGGGUUUGCGGGGAUUGGCAUGUUGGUGCUUGCGGCGGUGCUGUAG